UAGAAAGACAUAGAGAGGGGAAUAGAUAGAGGGACAGACAGUAAGGGAGGGAGACACGGGGAAACAAGCCCUUUACCGACAUCACACCGGAGGCGCGAGGGAACUGUUGACAUGGAGCUGUGAGAGGCACGCGCACUCAUCCUGCACAACUGCUCGAGACACCGUCCUGCUCUCACAGGUCUGCCAGAGCCGUUACCAUGUCGACGGUAGAAGGAACCGGCGAGCGCGAGGAAGGAGACUACGGAAGGGCGGCAAAGCGGAUGAAAACGGAGGAGAGGGAGAGAGCGGAGGCGGAUGAGAGAGAGGAAGGAGAGGAGGAAUUGGAGGAGGGGGAGGACUCGGACUCUGGGUCGUUGCCAGGUAAUGGAGAGACAGCAGCGGACAACCGGGCCCGGUGGAGCUCGAGCCAGUACGGAACCGGACGGAGGGAUAAUGGAGAGGACUCCCAUCGUAUCUCUCCCAGUCCCGUGGUCCAUGUCAGGGGUCUGUGUGAGGCUGUGGUCGAGGCUGACCUGGUGGACGCCCUGGAGAAGUUUGGACCCAUAUGCUAUGUGAUGAUGAUGCCAUUCAAGCGCCAGGCCCUGGUGGAGUUCUCAGCAGUAGAGAGUGCUGACCGCUGUGUGUCCUGUGGAGCCAGUGAGCCUGUAUACAUUGCAGGACAGCAGGCCUAUUUUAACUACUCUACAUCCAAGAGAAUCACCAGACCAACCAACGCUGACAACCCCAACAGUGGUAACAAGGUCCUCCUGCUGUCUAUACAGAACCCCCUCUACCCUAUAACUACGGAUGUUCUGUACACAGUGUGUAACCCCAUGGGCAGCGUGCUGAGAAUUGUCAUCUUCAAACGCAAUGGAAUCCAGGCCAUGGUGGAAUUUGAGUCGGUCCAAUGUGCCCAGAAGGCCAAAGCUGCUCUGAAUGGAGCAGACAUCUAUGCUGGUUGCUGCACACUUAAGAUUGAAUAUGCAAGGCCCACCCGUCUGAAUGUGAUUAGGAACGAUAAUGAGAGCUGGGACUACACUAAACCUUACUUGGUCCGACGAGACCGUGGAAAGGGGCGACAGAGGCAAGCCAUAUUAGGAGAACACCCCUCAUCCUACAGUGAUAACGGCUAUGGUCCACCGUGCCCCCUGCUGCCUCUGCCUGGCAACAGCAGGUACAAGCUCAGCUCACUGGAUGUUCCAGAUAUGGUUUCUUACCCUCUGCCCCAGUCAUCCUCCUCGUACUCUGGCCAUGCCCCCAGCUCUGUAGCCAUGGUGAGCGGACUCCAUCCAUCCAAGAUGAACUGCACCCGCAUCUUCAACCUCUUUUGCCUCUAUGGCAACAUCGAAAAGGUGAAGUUCAUGAAGAGUGUUCCCGGUACAGCAUUAGUUGAGAUGGGGGAUGAGUAUGCUGUGGACCGAGCCAUCACACACCUCAACAGCAUUAAGGUGUUUGGCAAGAGACUCAAUGUCUGUGUGUCUAAGCAGCAUGCAGUGAUCCCAAGCCAGGUGUUUGAACUAGAGGAUGGCAGCAGCAGCUACAAGGACUUCGCCAUGACAAGGAACAAUCGGUUCAGCAGCGCCGGACAAGCCUCAAAAAACAUCAUCCAGCCUCCAUCUGCAGUGCUGCACUACUACAAUGUACCACCAUGCAUCUCACAGGACCAUUUACUGAGGCUGUGUACGGAGCACGACGUACCUGGCUUCAUCAAGUUUAAGAUGUUUGAUGCCAAGCCCUCCUCUAAGACCAUCUCUGGCUUGUUAGAGUUUGACAGUAAGACUCAGGCUGUGGAGGUCCUCACUGUUCUCAACCACUACCAGAUCAGGAUACCCAAUGGAUCAAAUCCAUAUACCCUGAAACUGUGUUUCUCCACCUCCUCUCAUCUAUAAAGACCUGAAGACCACAAGAGCAGAGGCUUGGGCUGGAGCCUGACCUCUGACCUGAGUGAGAGGGCAAGAGACAAGGGGCCAUGGGGACAAGAGAGAAAGACAAGGACAGGGAAGAAUGAAGAAGGAAUGAGAAAGAAGAGAAAGAGAAGAAAGGAAAAUAGUGAGAGUAGGGUGGGUAAUGUUAGGGAGUAUAAGGUUGACAGAAAAAAGAGGACCCUGACUUAUCAUUGUUUAUCUCAUAGAGCAAAAGCAAACACCGAAAAUCAAAUGUGUCAAAACGCAAAGAAACCGUCUCACUUCUUUUCACUGAUUUUUGUUGAGUCUUAGUAUCUGCUGUAAAUUAAGAUACCUGACAGCCAAUUAUGAACACUGAGAGAACUACAAACACCAUCCCAGCAUCCAGUCACACUUCAGCAUGGUGAUGGACAAAUGAAAUUUAUUGAUAUUAUUGUGUUGUUUUGUGGUGAUGACAGACAUCCAGAAGACACAACCUUCAUACCAUGCAGUGAAGACCCUUGUUUUCACUUCAUAGUUCAGUUGUCUUCAAGGACAGACCUGGAAUCAGCUCCCCUGUUCAGUCAUUCUCUGGUGGAGAACUUCCAAAACUGAUUGUGAGUCAGUGGCUGUGGGCAGCUUAGUGUUGUUAUAUCUGCCUGGCCACUUGGAAGCAGCAAAGACUGAGACUGUGUGUCAAAUGCACAAAUAAAACAUGUCACUCUUAACUAUUAAUGAAUAUAUAAAUGUUAAUAGAGUCUGAAUGAUGCUCUGCUGGGGAUGGGGUUAAUUUUGAUGAUUGAGGGUGAUUUAUUCAUGGGAUAGAAGUGAAAUGUGAUCUAUAUGUGAAGAUUGUGGGGAUCUGAUGUUGUUUCCUGUCUAAUAUGCUGUUUUUCUUGUUACAGAUGCUAGAUGUAGGACUUAUGAAAACUAACACUAAAUGACCGUCAGUUUUUACACUUACAGCCCCAUGUCGACUGUUUCCAUUCUGCACAUAAUUUCCAUGGCCAUUUGCUAUUCAACUAGAAAUUAAUAUUUUGUAGACCAGCUGACUCCAAACCCUGAGCUGACCCAGAUGAGAGCAAGAAACAUAUCGCUGUCACUGCAGUAAUCUGUGCUCUUGCUGGCACUGGUUGGUCCUCUGUCCUCCAUAUUAAUUUUAGAGUGGUACAUUAAGAUAAUCCUGCAUGCGUUACCCAAAACCUCAGUCCAUAGUUGCAGUCCAGUACCUGUCCUUCAUAUUGGUUAUGCUUCCAUGCUUCCAAGUAUUAUUAGUGAAUCUGGAAUGUCUCACUAUUGCAGCAGCAGCCAAUUUAUAAUACAGUAGUAAAAAAAAAAAGAUGGUUACGAUAGUAAGAGGAAUAAUAAGCACUGCUUGAUGCCAUCUUUUUGUUGACAUCAAGACAACUUGUGCAUAGGAGCAAGCCAGACAUCUUUUAUAGAUUACUGACUAUUACUGAUUAUUAUUAGUUAUUCUAAUCCAGUUCUGAUGUUUACAGGUGAUAACCCAAGUUGCUGAAUAAUUUGGUUAAGAAAGGAAUUCUCCCUGCAUAUCCAGUGUUACCUCACUGCUUAACUUUCGGUGAAGGAAUUUAUACUGAGACUGAGUUUUGAUCCAGUGAUUCACAGAUGACUGAUGUGACAGAUCAACAUGAGUCUAUCAUUACUUUAAAUGUUCUGUUUUGGUUAUGCAAACACUCAAAGGUAACUAAGAAAAACACAAAGUGCUAAUGUUCCAUCUACACCCCUUCAACAAUCUGUGAGCACAACUAAAAUACAAAUGUUUAAAUAACACAAUGAUACCUAAUACCUCCUCAUCUGUCUCACACCCUGUGUUACAGAUGGAAGGCAAAUUAAAGGAAAAAGUGUGUUAGUGAGGUGUUGGGCCAUUACGACCCACCACAACAGUUUCAGUGCAAACUGACAUAUAUUCUACAAGUCCCUGGAACUGGUUCCAUCCCUCCCAUUCUGGAGGUCCAUUUUCUCAAAAAAUACUGUACAUAAAGAGGGAUAAUAUAGUAGGGCUGCAGGACAUAAAGCCAUCUUUACGAGUGUUGAGCGGCACUGGUCUAGAGAUGUGGAAAAAAGUGAUGAGUCAGAUGAGUCAUCCUGCACCAUAUUCUGGAUAAGUGGAUGAGUGCAUGUGUGACAUCCACCAAGAGAAUGCUACAGGCCUGAACGCUGGACCCCAAACAGUGAGGGGGUCUGCACAAACUUUUAUGCUGUAGGAGGUAUUUUCCACUUGUCCCCUGAGAGGGAAGACUCACUAUAAACCAAUACACAGUUAUUGUAAGUGAUCACCUUUGUCCUAUGAUGAAACAUUUAUAUCCUGAUGUGAGUGCUCUCUUCAGGAUGGCCUCUAGCCACAGGACAUGAGGGCUCACUGAAUGAGGAUGAAAAUGAUGUAAAUGAUGCUACUAUGAUCUCACUCACCACAUCUCAACCCAGUUGAACACUUGGGAAAUUUUGGAUGUGUUAGACAGCACUCUCUACCACCAUUAUCAAAGCACCAAAUGAAGAGAUAUCUUUUGGUAGAAUGGUGUUCCAUCCCUACAGUAGAGUUCCAGAGACUUGGAGAAUCUGUGCCAAGAAGCAUUGAAGCUGUUCUGGCAGCUCAUGGUAACACAACACAUUACACCUUACACUUGGUUGUUUUUACUUUUGAUUUGACACCCCUCUGCCCUCUGUACAUUACAAGGUCAUUCAGUUUGUGUGUGUGUGUGUGUGUGUGUGUGUGUAAUGUAAGUGUGCACACUCAUAUGCUGUGGGCAUGUGGUUGCUUGUAUGUAUGUACUCAUUCAUUUUCCAGUCAUUAUGUCCCUCUAAAUAUGAAUCAAAAUGGUGCUCAGUUCUCCAACAGGACACCAUUGUAAAAGGCAGCAUUGCUCUCAGCUGGACUCUACAUGGUUAAAUAAAUGUUUAUCUAAGAACAGUACAUACAGUCACCAUGAUUUAUGAUUUUUAAUGAUCCUUGAAACCACUACAAAAGCUAUUAUGUUCUUACCUGCAAGGCAAUUUUCAUAUUGUGUAAUUGGAAAAACACACUUAAAGGUGUUAUGUGCCACUCACUCACUCAUUAUUAAUGACUCUGCAAAAGAGCAUCACCUACUGGAUAUAGAUAUGAUAUGAUACAAGUGAUCCUGUUACACUAAGGGGAUCCAAAAAGCUUUUCAGCUCUUUUUCAGCAAACUUCACCAGUCAGUGUUUCCAACUGUAGAUUUGUGAGUUGGAGUAUGUGGCCAUCUUAUGUAAAGGAAUUCCAUUUGUAGUGGUUUCAAUACGGACUUACACUGUCAUGGGUUGUAGAUGCUUUAUUCAUAGGCCUAUCACGACAAGAUGCAUUUCAGUCAGAACUGACUACUGUUGCCACAUUGUUUCUCCACAUCCUUGACUAUGUUUGCAUGCAGCCCAGUAAUGAGGUUAAUAGGAGUAACUGACUACAGUGUUCAAAUUUUUCUGUUCUAAACUCACAAAGACUUGUCUGGAGUAAAUGAUGUCAUAAACCUGUAAGAAUGAAAGGACUGUUGAUUAACUGGGACCACUUUAGCUUUAUGCUAAAGGAACUGACUUUCUGACCUAUGAAUUGAUGAUUACUUGAAACGUGACAGCUGUAUGCCGGAUGGACAUUGUCGAUGUCCAUGAUGUCAAACUGUAUUCAGACUUUAAUUUAUCAACUAGCCCUACCGGAAAGCAUGGAAUAAUAAUAAAAAAUAUCCCCAUGUUAAGUCAAAAUUAUGAGGUAAAAGGUCAUGAUUAUGACAUUCAAAGUCCUAAUUAUGAGAUUCAAAAUGGAAAAUAUUAGAUAACAAGUCAUGACUAUGAGAUUAAAAAAUUGAAAUUAUGAGAUUAAAAAAUUGAAAUCAUGAUAAAAAUGUGAAAUUAUGAGAUUUUUUUUUUUUUUUUUUUUUACUUUUUUGACUUUUUAUCUCGACUGAAACCUGCGUCACAGCGGGUAGACACGUCAGUUGUUAGAUAUUAGGCAGCCAUAUUCAGACCCUCGGCCUAUAGAAAUGGCAGGUGAAAAUAGAAUGGUCAUUCAGAGUGAAUAUCAGGCUAAGACUGGAGUGGUAAUUCAUUCUGCAUUGUCAUUCCAUUGUCUCACUGCUAUAAGGACCAUAACACUUUGGAGACAAUAUAGAUACACUGGUUAGAGCUAGGGAUAAGAAUAUGGAUUUUGGACAAAAUUAAAUGUUUGUAACAUAACUGGCAUUUAAAAGAUAAGAAAUAAAUAAUGUCAAGUCUAA